AUUUAAAAUUCAAAUAUUUACCGCUUUAAAAAUGCUGCAAGGGAUUUUUUAGUGCAUUUUUAUGGUUAUGCGUAUCGGCUGUCCCUCCAUCAAUAUGGCAACAGUGUGGCAGCACUGAGACUCGCGAUAGCCACAUAAUAUUUUCUGCCCCCAUCUCUAGCUCGCAUUAAACAAUAAGCAAAAGAACGAUAAAAAUAAAAGUUAUUAGACAAUAAACACUCUUAACCAAAUCAGGGCAUAAUUCCAAAACCUCAAAAUUGAGAAUUUAUAAAAUACCACGCAAUUAAUUUUCGGCAAAAAACAAACCUCGAAUCAUAAUAAUGACUGGAUCAUUUAGUGUAAAGCUAAAAACGAAGAAAGGUCAAUUCAUUGUUAAUGACCUAAACGAAAAUAUAACAAUAGCUGAACUUAAAACACGGAUAUGUCAAGCUACGGAAAUUAAGCAACCACAAUUGCACGUUCUGGUGGGUUUUCCGCCGCGACCGCUGGACCUCAAUGAUGAGCAACGUAAUCUGCGCUCCAUUGGUAUCCAAAGUGGCGAGACGUUGAUUGUGGAAGAAAAGGUGGCGCCUGUAGUCGACCAUUCUGCAAUCAUGGAGGAUGACGAAGCGCUGGCGCGUCGUCUUCAAGCUGAGGAAGAUGCAGAGCAUCUGCGUCAGGUAACAACAAGCAAUACUGAACUGAACGCCCUUAGCACUGGCGCUCAGUCCAGCAACAGUGGGAGUGAGAACGCAACUGUGUCCGCGCCCACGGAAGCCGGGCCCAAUGGCGACUUCAAUGGGAUUCUGUUGAAGAAGGUUGUGCCAGCGGAUAACUCAUGUCUCUUUACGAGCAUACGCUUCGUGCUGAAUGGCAAAGUCGAUAACGAAGGCAGCGAAAUGAUGCGGCAUAUAAUCGCCCAGGAGGUAGCUGCCGAUCCACAGCAAUAUAAUGAUGCCGUCCUUGGUAAAUCGAAUGCCGAGUAUUGCGCCUGGAUACAAAAGGCGGACUCAUGGGGUGGUGCCAUUGAAGUAUCGAUUUUAUCUAAUUAUUAUGGCAUAGAAAUCGACGUUGUUGAUAUACAAAAUGCCAUUAUCAAUCGAUUUGGUGAAGAUAAGAACUUCGGGCUGCGAGUGUUCCUACUCUUCGAUGGCAUACACUAUGAUCCACUUUACAUGGAGACAUCACAAAGCGCCUCCCCAGCUACCAUCUUCCCUGUAGAGGAGCUGGGCGUUUACCAGCAAGCGGAGCAGCUGGCAAACGAAGCAAAGUCCUCGCGACAAUUUACAAAUGUCGAUAAGUUCAAUCUUCGCUGCUUACAGUGUGAUCUACUGCUUGUGGGCCAAACACAGGCCCAACAGCACGCCAAAGCUACGGGUCAUGCGAACUUUGGAGAAAUUUAAUACGUACUGAUUUUUGGCACCAUUUAUAUUUUGGCUUUUAUUCUGUUUGCUUAUUACAUACUCACAACGUAGAGUUUCGCAGCUAGAGCCAACUAUUUAUAU